AUAUUUAUCCAAACAUAAUUGCUAUGGGUUUUCCUGCGGAGAGACUUGAAGGAGUGUACCGGAACAACAUUGAUGAUGUAGUAAGAUGUGCUGAGAGACAUUAUGACACCGCCAAAUUUAACUGCAGAGUUGCACAGUACCCUUUUGAAGACCAUAACCCACCACAGCUAGAGCUUAUCAAACCCUUUUGCGAAGAUCUUGACCAAUGGCUAAGUGAAGAUGACAAUCAUGUUGCAGCAAUCCACUGUAAAGCUGGAAAGGGACGAACUGGUGUAAUGAUUUGUGCGUAUUUGUUGCAUCGAGGCAAGUUUUUAAAGGCUCAAGAAGCCCUAGAUUUCUAUGGGGAAGUAAGGACCAGAGACAAGAAG